CCCAGAAGCCCCCGGUGCAGCUCGCUGGGAACGCACUUCCUGGGACGCAGGGAGGGAGACGCGCUUGGAGGCUUCUCAGUGGGGGCGAGUAAUAUUCCUUGGAUGUGAGGAACAGGUCCAGAUCAUUUCUGCUGUGUUUUGAGAUGUGCAUCUGUUUCUUCUAAGUUGAUUAAAAUUGUUUUAGAACUGUUGAGUACCUCAAAGAUCCGACAGGCAGUACCUCACAGGCCUGGCUGCCAUGGGCUGUCGGGAUGUCCACGCAGCCACAGUCCUCUCCUUCCUGUGUGGAAUCGCCUCAGUAGCAGGCCUCUUUGCGGGGACCCUGCUGCCCAACUGGAGGAAAUUACGACUGAUCACGUUCAACAGAAAUGAGAAGAACCUGACUGUCUACACAGGCCUGUGGGUAAAGUGUGCCCGCUAUGACGGGGGCAACGACUGCCUGAUGUACGACACUACCUGGUACUCGUCAGUUGACCAGCUGGACCUGAGGGUCCUGCAGUUUGCCUUGCCCCUCAGCAUCCUGAUCGCCAUGGGUGCCCUGCUGCUCUGCCUGAUCGGAAUGUGUAACACGGCCUUCAGGUCCUCGGUGCCCAACAUCAAACUGGCCAAGUGUCUGGUCAAUAGUGCAGGCUGCCACCUGGUGGCCGGGCUGCUGUUUUUCCUGGCAGGUACUGUGAGCCUCUCCCCAUCCAUCUGGGUCAUCUUUUAUAACAUCCAUCUGAACAAGAAGUUUGAGCCAGUCUUUGCAUUUGACUAUGCAGUGUAUGUUACCAUCGCUAGUGCCGGGGGGCUGUUUAUGACGUCCGUUCUGCUCUUUAUCUGGUACUGUGCAUGCAAGUCCUUGCCUUCUCCUUUCUGGCAGCCGCUGUACUCGCAUCCUCCCAGCAUGCAUACGUAUUCACAGCCCUACUCAGCACGCUCCCGCCUCUCUGCCAUCGAAAUUGACAUUCCAGUAGUUUCACACACGACCUAACAGGGAAAUAGUUGUAAAAACAAAAACAAAAACAAAAAAAAACAAAAAAUACCUUGUAGCCUCACAUUUAUUUCCCUCGUGCAAAGAGUUGUGUUUGGACCUCUAUACGUUUUCCUUUGUUUCUGACCAGUCAAUGAAGCCAAAUUUCUAUGUCUUAGUAGGAUGAAGUGCUGCUAGUUUUUAUGAAAAGUACAUUAUUUUAAAUGUGAAUCAUUCCUUUUAUCUUGCUUCUUAUGCUAGAAGGAUUUUUGACCUCCUUGUGAUAUCUGAUCAGUUAUUUAUAUGAAAAGGACCUGUGUCUCAUUGAGGUGAUUUAGAGCAACAUAGUAAAGUGGAAAAUGAUUGCUAGGAGAAGCUGUUGUAUAUGAUCUUUAUGAAUAAUUCAGAAUGUGUAUUGUCCUUCUUCUCUAAUACUUGAAAUUGGGAAAAGAGGGCAAUUUCAAAUUUAAGAAAUUUUUUUCAGGUAAGGGUAAUAUUUUAACAGUAGCCAGUCUACCAGCUAAAACUUUUCUUACAUUUUCUCGGGGCUAAUUAUAUUGAAUAGAGUUCGGUAUUUUGAAGAUGACUUUCUUUUGUGAGUUCCUUAUCUUCUACCUCAUGCCUGUGUUUAAAAAUAAAAUGUAUUUUAAGUGAUGUCAGAGAGAAUAAGCCUAACAGUUAAAAUAUAUAAUAGUAUGGAUAAAAUUUAACAUAAUUUUUAGAAGUUAAUGGUUCUAUAAGUUGUGUUAUUAGAAUUAAAACAUGGCAUGUGCUGUAUUGGUGCUUCCUCUGAGGCAGAGAAACUUUUUUUCCAGAUACCAUCCACCAAGUGGUACUCAUGCCCGUUUAUAAUCUCCUAGUGGCUAAGAGAGAGAAAUGAAGAGGCCCAUGUGGUUUGUUCUCCUUUAGACAGCCAUAGGGGGACAAGCAUCUGUUCUUCAGUGACAACAUCAGAGAUUGAUUCUGGUGACUGCCUUUUGGGUGAGGGUGAUGGGUAAAGUAAAGCAUGGCUUCCCCAUGACCACAUUCAUCCUUGAUUCAGUCCCUGCCCCAAUCACUGAUUACUUCCUUGAGCAUAUAUCUUUGUGCAGCACUUUAAUAGGUGCUAUAGAGGAUACAUGCAAAGUAUCUGGUCCCAUCUACUAAGAAAUUUUAAUGCAAGAGAGAAGAGUAAACUGUUAUCUGACAGGGAACCGUUGACUUCAGUGGAAGCUGGUCUUCACUUCUCAGUCAUUGAUCCAAGAAUAUAUUUCACCCAGAGACAUGGCUCUCUGGCAGACAGCUUACUGUACAAUACUAGCAAUAUUCUGGAACUUAGAGAUUCAAUUUGUUGGAUCCUUUAGAGCACCUACCUUAGGCUAGACACUGUAAUAACACUUUGUCAGAUUCAUUAGAAUGAGCAAAAGUGGUUAAAAAAAAUAAUAAACCAACUGUUCCCUUUUCACUUCUGAAAGUAUGGUGAUGCAUUGAAGAGGGAGGAGUAUUUAAGAUUUCUCUCCUAAUGGGGUAACGUUUAGAAGAAACCAUGUUAGCACCGAGAUGAAUGCUUAGAAAUUCAGGGAUAUUGGGUCUUUACCCUUAUGAAUUUGAGCUGCUUACUUAAUUGAUGUAAUUUGCCACACAUUAGUAGCAUAUUCAUAGGAUUUUGUUCUGUUACCCAUUACAAAUUUCACAAACAGCUAGUUGCAUGGUUAAUAGAUUAUUGUGCCUCUUCUGCAAAACUGAGUAUAAUUCUGAUACUUCUGUGAAUGUAAGUGGUACUUUUAUUUCUAAUUCCAAAUACUAGCUUAUGUAUAUAGCCAGUAAAUCCAGUUGUGUAAUUUUAAAACUGCCAUCAGUUGAAAGCAUGCAAAACUAUGUUUUUUUUUUUAGCUACAGCUUCUGAUUUCCUUUAGUUCUCCUUUUAACUCAUCUCAGAUGUAGCUGAGUCUUGAUGAUUCCAAAAUAAAGGCACAUAGAAUUUUGAGAUUAGUAUUAAUUUCCCCUUUGCUAAUUACUUUCUGUCCCCCUUUCACUAAAUUUGUCCAGAAGUGUCAAGAAUUCUAGCAUUCUUUGUAUAAACAACACUAAAAGCAGACUCAGCCAUUAAUAUUCUGUCCUAGACAGUUUUUAGUACAUGGGAUCAUAUAAAUGUUAAAAUUUUCCUACGAGAAUCUUUCAAAUUCUUUUCAUAAUCUAUAGCCUCAAAAUAUUACUUAUUAUGGAUUCACUUGGCAAAAGAAACAGUUUCCCUUAUUGUCUUUAA